AAACCAAACCCACCGGUGCCACGGCUGAUAGAGACUACAGUAUAUAAUGCAGCAGCAGCAGCAGCAGCAGCCUGUCAGUCAUCACAUCACCAUCGUCACUUUCUACACCUGCUAAAGCGCAUUCGCUGGUAACAGACGCAACAAUGUCUCAUGGAUGGGGAUACGGGACAACUAACGGACCUGAAACAUGGGUAGAAGAAUUUCCAAUUGCUGAUGGACUUCGUCAGUCUCCCAUCAACAUUGUGCCCAAGGAGGCAAAGUUUGACUUGUCCCUGAAGCAUCUGAAGCUCAGGUACGACUCGUCCAACGCCAAGGGCAUUCUCAACAACGGACACUCCUUCCAGGUCGACUUUGUGGAUGACUCGGACACGUCCAUCUUGACUGGAGGCCCCGUCUCUGGAAAGUACCGGCUGAAGCAGUUUCAUUUCCACUGGGGAAGCAGUGAUGACAAAGGCUCCGAGCACACUGUCAAUGGAGUCAAGUAUCCCUGUGAGCUCCACCUGGUGCACUGGAACACCAAAUACCCGAGCUUCGGUGAGGCAGCCAGUCAGCCCGAUGGCCUGGCUGUGGUCGGAGUGUUUCUCAAGAUCGGUGCAGCCAACCCUCGACUUCAGAAGGUUCUGGAUGCUCUGGAUGCCAUUAAGACGAAGGGGAAGCAGACCACAUUUACCAACUUUGACCCAAAGACUCUUCUUCCUGGUUCCCUGGAUUACUGGACGUAUGAGGGCUCUCUGACCACCCCACCCCUGCUGGAGAGUGUAACCUGGAUCGUCCUUAAGGAGCCAAUUAGCGUCAGCUCCACACAAAUGACCAAGUUCCGAGGCCUGCACUUUAGCGGAGAAGGGGAAAAUCCCUGCUCGAUGGUGGACAACUACCGGCCCCCCCAGCCUCUGAAGGGCCGCCAAGUCCGCGCAUCCUUCAAGUAGACAGCGAUGACUGAACCUGUGCAAAAUGAAUGUCGGAUCAUUACCGCGUUCCAACCGCGCAGCCACCUUUGUUUUAUUAGUUCCUAUAAUAAUAAUAAUUUUAUAACAGGUCAACAACAAUCAAUAACAAUAUUGAUAUUUAUAAAUACAUGCUGACAACAAUACAUGUCAAUUAGAAAAAAACAAUACCAUUAAUAAUAACAUCCUGGACUUUUAUUAUUUGUGCCUUGAUUGACCACAUGAAACACUGGCAUUUAUUGCGUCGUGACAGUUGCAGAUAUCAAAGCUAAAGUUUUUUUGAUCAGGGCUAGAACAUAUUGUUAAAUAUGGUGCUUUUACAAAUUAUUGCCUUAUUCAGUGGGUUUAGUUAACGCUUAGAAGAGCUGCCUGUCUCCACUGACUCUAUAUUAACAUAUUGGUUACAUGGUGUCAAAUGGCUCAUUACCUGAAUAAAUGAAUUACUGGCACUAGAAUCAAUGACCAUGAUAACUGACUGAGCUCAAUGUUGUAAGAUCACUGUAGAGUCUGGGUAGAACCAUCAGGAAUGUGCUGCCUGCUAUUAUGUGUUUGUGUGUGGAAUACAGUACCAAGUAUUCAUAAAAUCAAUAAAAAACAGAGACUUCUCAUCUAAA